AUGACCACUUCUGUUUGCGAACCACCUUGGCUUGCAUGGGGCGACCAUUGCUACUUGACUGUCAGUCACCUGGAGCCUAAUUUUUACCUUGCUGAGGACUACUGCCAAGGUCUCUCCAAACCUGGAAGACCGGCUCAUCUGGCGUCGGUUACCAGCGAUGAGGAGAACCAGUUCAUAGAUGCCUACGCAACAGCUUCGGGGAUCAAGACCGACGGUUUCUGGAUUGGAUACAGGUACGACGGGGGAUUCAGCUGGACGGAUGGUUCAGCAAUUGGUUUUUCAAGCUGGAGAGCUGGGGAUCCAGACCAACACCUUGCCACUGGCAUGAAAUGUGUCAACACAGAUGCAAGAUGCAAGAUCACCUUUCGACAAAGGGACAUCAACAAGAGUGGUUGUGAACCACCUUGGCUUGCAUGGGGCAACCACUGCUACUUGAGCGUCCGUGCCCGUCUAAACAUUAACAAGGCUGAGAACCACUGCCAAGAUCUUUCCAAACCUGGAAGACCAGCUCAUAUGGCAUCGAUUACCAGUGAGGAAGAGAAUCAGUUCAUCCAUUCAUACGCGACAGCUUCAGGCAUAGACUUAUCCAAAGGUCUCUGGAUUGGAUACAAAAGGGAAAGCAACACGAGGCCAUUCGGAUGGACAGAUGGAAGCAUCCCUACCUACGAGAACUGGGCCCCGGGAAGACCCAUCAACAACAUGUACAACUGCGUUGGUGUGGCGGAACGAAGAUCAUUCUGGGAUGCUGACUCCUACUGCCAGAGUUUCUCCACACCGGGAAGAUCUGCUCAUUUGGUAUCAGUGGCUAAUGUCAACGAAAGCUACUUCGUCACAAGCUACGCCGAUAAAGCCGGGAUAGGCUGGCGAUUCUGGAUUGGAUACACAAGUGAGAGCAGUCCGAACGGUCAGUAUGUCUGGAUCGAUGGAAGCCUGCCUGGAUUUUUCAACUGGAUCCCGGGUGAGCCCAACCUUGCUAGCGAGCAUUGCGUCAAGAUGUUGUCGGCGGACGGGUCCAUGAAUGACGCCCACUGCUCUAACAAAGAGCCUUUCGUAUGUAAGAUGCCGGCUUGGAAAUUCCAAGCAUGUGCUUAA